AUGGCUAGCAUCGCACCGUCCGCGCUGAGGCAGGCAUCCCGCCUCGCCUCCAAGACCCCAAGUUUGUCAUCUUCUCUGCGUGGUAUCCAAACGGCGUCGCGCGUGGCGACUAUUCCGGUCCAAAGAGCUUCACAUCGGAGCUAUGUCACAGAGUCUAAGAGAGACAACGCUCAGGUCGCAGAGGCUAAGAUUGAGACGGCUAUAAGGUUAGACAGGAAACAGUUCGAGGAUGCAGGUCUUGCUCUGGGCGCGCAACAGGAUAACCAUCAGACAGUCAGUCCUAUGGCAGAGGUACUCAAAGAGGCUACGUUGAUGGAUGAAGGCCAAAGACCGAUCUACCUCGACAUGCAAGCGACGACCCCUGUUGAUCCGCGAGUACUCGAUGCCAUGUUACCCUUCUACACCGGAAUAUUUGGAAAUCCUCAUUCUAGGACGCACGCAUACGGAUGGGAGAGCGAGAAGGCCGUGGAAGAGGCGCGAGAGCAUGUUGCUAGGCUCAUCGGCGCUGACCCCAAAGAAAUCAUCUUCACCAGCGGAGCCACUGAGAGCAACAAUAUGAGUAUCAAGGGUGUUGCGAGGUUCUUUGGCCGAUCAGGCAAGAAGAAGCACAUCAUUACCAGUCAGACCGAGCACAAAUGUGUCCUGGAUAGCUGUAGGCAUUUACAGGAUGAAGGAUUCGAGGUAACCUAUCUGCCCGUGAAGCACAACGGCAUGAUUGACAUGGAGGAGCUCCGAGCUGCCAUCAAACCUGAGACAGCUCUCGUCAGCAUCAUGGCUGUCAACAACGAGAUUGGCGUUAUCCAGCCACUUGCGGAGAUUGGAAAACUUUGCAGAGAGAAGAAGGUUUUCUUCCACACAGACGGUGCUCAAGCCGUUGGCAAGAUUCCCCUAGACGUGAACGCCAUGAACGUUGACCUCAUGUCUAUCUCCUCGCACAAGAUAUACGGACCUAUGGGCAUUGGAGCCUGCUACGUCCGCAGAAGACCCAGGGUUAGAUUAGACCCAAUCAUCAGUGGAGGUGGUCAGGAGCGAGGUCUGAGGAGCGGCACUCUGGCCCCUCCAUUGGUUGUGGGCUUUGGCGAGGCUUGCCGCAUCGCCUAUGAGGAUAUGGCUUAUGAUUCUAAGCGCAUCAAGUCGCUUUCCGACCGACUCUUGAACGGUUUACUGGCAUUGGAGCAUACCAACCAAAAUGGAGACCCAGAGCACUUCUAUCCUGGCUGCGUCAAUGUUUCUUUCGCUUACGUUGAGGGAGAGUCACUCCUCAUGGCUCUCAAGGACAUCGCCCUGUCUUCAGGUAGCGCAUGCACGUCUGCUUCAUUGGAGCCAAGCUAUGUCUUGCGUGCCCUUGGCAACAGUGACGAAAGCGCUCAUUCUAGCAUUCGCUUUGGAAUUGGCCGGUUUACGACCGAGCAGGAGAUUGACUACGUCCUCAAAGCUGUCCAAGAGCGAGUGACUUUCCUCAGAGAGCUCAGCCCGCUGUGGGAGCUGGUCCAGGAAGGUAUUGAUCUAGAUACCAUUGAAUGGAGCCAGCAUUAA